UAAUUGGCUGCUGCUCGUUUCUGUAGGGAAAUGGUGAUGAGGUUCAACACAUCGAGGGCCGCGACAGGGAUGCGUGUUCCUGUGGAAGCCAUAAUGGGUACUUAAAGCAAUGGAUGAACAAGAAUUUGACGAGAUACUGACCUAUCUCUCAAAGAGCAAAUACCCAGAGAACAUCAAGAGCAAAGACAGCCGCAGCAACUGGCGAAAGAAGUGUCGACCAUUUACGUACUGUAAGGACCAGCUCUAUUACAACCAUAAGAAGUAUGGGGCGCUUGAAGCAGUACGGGGCGUCAAGGAUAAAAGAAAAAUAAUUGAAUCUAACCACUUACAGCCAGAGGGCGGCGCUCCGGCCAUAGAACUUAAAAAAAUCAGCACCAACUACUACUGGAAAGUCAAAUAGCAAAAGAUGUUAUGAUAUGUCAAGAUAGAAUGUCAAACCUGUACUGAACAAGGUAAUCAGCAAAAUAAUUCGUUGCGACAUGCCAGCACAGCUCAAGCAGAAUCUGAUGGAGGACUCUAUCUAAAGUCAACGGAGAAAAUUGUAGAUAAGGCCAUUGAGCAGAUAGGACUAGAUGUAAUUGGUAAUAUUUUAGAACCCAGUGUUCCGUCUCCCCAGGAACCUGUAUGUAGUGUAUUUAAAUGUGAAACUGCUGUACCACAGCAAACUAUGCAACAGCCAUUAGUGCUCAGAGAUCACAUUAUGGCACACUGUGGUCUUGAUGUUAUUGGAACACUGAGUGAAACACACAAGGGAAAAAGAUAUAUUGUCAUAUUGACAGACUGUGUGACAAAGUGGGUAGAAGCACUGGCAGUAUCUGAAUUUACAACAGACACUGUUGGAAAUUUCCUAGCUGAAACUAUAUGCCGUCACGGGUCCAUUGAAGAAAUAAUGACGAAACACAAUCAUGAUGAAUUUUGUGCUUGGUUAACAGAAAAAAUUGUGUACAACAAUGCAGGCCAUUCUUACGGAAUAUCUGCUCUACUCCUUUCAAAUCAAAACGGGUAUCCUGAACCACUUGUUAUAAUUCUCCUUUGUGUGGCUGCCUUGAUCAAAUACAGCAAUCAAAAUCAGUAUUACUGGGAUAUUUACUUACAUCAUGUAAUUUUAGCAUAUAGAACAUUUCAUCAAAAAAAUACUCCUGGCUCCCCAUUUAAACUUUUAUAUGAUAGACCAACUCGUCUUCCAGUGUUAGACACGCCUCAGUCAGCCAGUGAUAAUUAUUCAGAUGAACAGGAUGCUCUCAUAGACCAUAUGAUCAAUUACAUUAAGGUAUUGUCCUGUCCCACUCAUCAACAGCCUCUUGGUAUACAUAACCAACACAGUGACAGGUUGACUCCACCUUACCUUACGCCUAAUAACAUAUCUACACCCAUACCAUCGUCUACAUCAAAUGCAACCGCUCACCAGCCACAUCAGUCAACACAGGCUUUAAGCUCUUUUACGCAUGCAGUUCAAGUUAAUAAUCAAAUAAACACUAAUCUUCCCCUAACAACUCUAGGGACAUGCCUUCAACCAUCACACAGUAAUGCAACAGUCCACACUAUUCAAAGUAAUAGUAUGACAGCCCAAGCUAUCUCAGCCAAUACCAUGGCAACACAUACAAUUUCAGGAAAUAGCGUAAGUACGCAUAACAUUCAAGGUAACUUAACAGCUCAUACCAUCUCAGCAAACAGUGGAGCUUCACAUAGCAUUCCCAGCAACAGUCAUAUCAUAUCAACUCCAGCAGUCACCCAAGUUGCCAGUCAUGUCAUAACUCCACAUGUGACCGUUGCUCAGUCCACAGCCGUCCAAACUCCCACAAAUAUGACCACUCAGACCACUAGUGAUGCUCACUCAGGACACAUGGUCAUGAUACACACAGACGGGAAGGCUUAUACAGAAUCAUUCUAUGUGAUUUGUCCACAGUGAUUUAACACUUUGACCUCAGGGAGAAUAAUAGUGAGGUUUCAUAAAAUAUACAGAUAUGCAAUUAGAUUUCUUAUAUCUCUUCUCCAUUUCCUGUAUUUAUUUUAUUAUUUACUCUAUAUUACUGUAGGAGUGUAUAAUAUUCUUCAUCUUUGCAGAAAUUUCUCAAUCCAGUUAUAAUCAUCACCCUGUAUAAAAUACUGCCUACCUCCAAAAAACAGUCAGGUGAAAAUAAAACUUAUCCCUUUCUACAUUAUUUUGAUGUCUUGGCACAAGUUUUAUAUUUACAUAUUACAAGAUAUUUGGGCUCCCAUUCUCAAGUGAAGAAAAGGGGGGAAUGGGGUGAAUGGUGUUCACUAGACAACUUUAUUUCACUAUUUUUUAAAUGAAAUUACAUCAUAUCUGUACCCUGUACAUCAAUUGUAUUUGUUUUUAACUAGUUAGCCUAAUGUCUCCUUACACUGCUUAAAAAGGAUCCACAAAGUCUGGUCUUGGUACAUUUUUCUGCAACACUUCAAUAUAUGUACAGCUGAACAGCAUCUCUCUCUCUCUCAUGCAGGUACUCCCUCACAGUAUCCCUCUCACACAAGUAAUUUUACAGCAUCUCUUGUAUAGGUAUUGUCUCAGUGCAUCCCUUUCACCCAGGUAUUUCCUCAGGACACUCCUCUUGAAUAUGUACUCCCUCAGGACAGCCAUCAUAUUCCACAGUGUUAUAUGGCUCUCAUUCAAUCUGCCAUUUCCAUUCAUUCAUUCCGCUUGACUAUGCCAGCUUCAUGCCAGUUCUAUAAUUAAUUAUUUUUAUCAUUAUUAUUAAUACUGUUAUCUUUUUAACAUUGCAUUUUCUCAUUGAGGUAGAGUGACCUCCUAAAAAAAGGGGGGGAAAGUCAUUCACUGCUGAUAUUUCAGUUCAGGUGACCCUCUAAACUGUAACAACCUCACCCGUCCUACAGUGUGUGGGAACUGCACUUCCCACCUCUGUGACUCAAGUCUGGCUAACCAGUUUCCCUGAAUCCCUUCAUGUUUCUUUGCUGGCACUUCAAUAGCAUGUCUAGCCAUAAAAAUUAUCUGUCUCCACUUCAAUCUUGAUUCCCUCCUUCCAGCCCUUAUUGAGUUGUUCCCUAACCUUCCACCCCAGAUUUAUAAACCCUCUCAGUCACCCUAUUCUGCCCCAUCUUUUUUUUCAAUACCUAAACCACCUCAACAACCCUUCCUCAGUCUCUGAAUUAUACUUGUGAUAACUCCACACUAUCUUCUAAUCUCCAAACUCCUAAUUGCCUGCAUAAUACUCACCACACAAAAAAAUUGCUAAUGCAUCUCCACUGCCUCCAGUCUCCGCCUCACCGCAAAGUUUAAAACCCAUGCCUCACACGCAUACAACAGUGUCGGUACCACUAUACUCUGAUAUAUUCCCCAUUUUUGCCUCCAUCAACUUUCUUCUUUCCAUAGAUACUUCAACACCACCAAUCUUCUUCUCUUGUCUACUCUGUGAUUCAUUUUGUCUUUCAAAGCUGCAUUUGUCGACAUGUCCACUCUAAAAUGUCCAAAUACAUUCACUUCCUCCAUAUUCCCUCCAAUCUGAUUUUCAUUUUCUAGACAUUUUGUUACUCCCAUCACCUUGCUAUUUUCUAUGUUCACUUAAUUUCCUUCUUUUACAUACCCUUCAAAAUUCCUCCACCAAUCUUUGCAAAGUUCUUCAGAAUCUCCCAAAAGGUGUCAUCAGCAAAGAGCAACUGUGACAAUUCCCACUUUCAUUAUCUUAAUCCCAUACCUCUUCUCAAAACCCUAAGAUUCACUGUUUUUAUAACCUUAUUUAUAAGUAUGUUAACCAACCAUGAUAUUAUAUUAACAAUAUAUGGCAAACUCUUAUGGAUCAUACAGUGAAGAGGUGGGUAAAGUUGAAUGGGCUGGGGAUAGCAAAGUUGAGGGUUAGUAAAGGUGUAAAAUCAACAUCAUGGUUAAUGCUAUAGAUUAGUAUCUUUUAAAGUCAUAGAGGGAGUUUGCAUUAAGCAAGUCUCUUGGUGAAUGGGAAGGAUUGGAUUUGAGAAUGACCUGACAAAUCUGGGAUAGUAGGCCUGCAAAAGUGUUUCUCUUAAAUCAUUCAUAAACCUAAUUUUCCACAAGAGUGUAUCACUAAUCCAUUAAUAUUAAAUACUCACUUCAACAACAAAUAUUCACUUCCUACCUCAACUUGACCUCAAGUCAACAUCUCUUCGGCUUCUACCUCAUGCCUAAUCCCUCUAGAUAAACCCUUUACUUCUAACAAACUCCUCAGAUUGGAUUCUUUUAACUUAAUCUUGUGUAUGCAUCUGCAUCAACUGUCAUAAGCUUUCUCUAAUUUACAUGAAGAUUAUGAAAAAUAUGUAAAUACAAUUCAAAAUAGGUAGACCACAUGUCAACAGAUUUGUAUAUUUAUACUUUUACAUAUAGUUAAUUUGAUUCUUAUCUUAUUUCAAGUAGAAAUAUAGGGUGGGAAUAAACUGUUUUAAUUUCUAUUUCUAGAUAAGCAUUUUAGAGAGUUCUGCAGAGCUCACUGUAAAAUACAUUAAUGUACAUAGUAAAGUUAAAUAGGCUUAAAGGUUCUCAUUUAUAUAAUGAAGUUAAAAUUAUGCAAUUAUUUUGUAGGUAACCUAAGGCAAAGUUAUUUCUACGAAAGAAAAUUUGUAUUAUGUGAUAUUUGCUUGUGAUAAAUGGUGGCAAGCUAGCCAAAAAUAUACAUUCUUUACAAGUG